AUGGAUUAAGAAAAUGAAGAUGUGCGUCUAGCGUUUCCUGAAUAUCUAACCAAUAAAGAUGAAGACGAGUAAAUGCUAGAUCAAUGCAUUUAGCAAUUUGAAAAAAUACAGGAUUGCUAAGAUUAAUCAAUUAGAAAUUUAAUAGAAGCUAAAUUGGCUGUUGUGAUCAACCAAACACCUCAUUCCUCAGUUGUAAGUUUGUACGAGAACUUAGCUGCCGAGUAUAAAAUUUCUGUAUUAUUUAUCAACAAAAAAUAGCCUAAACAUCACAAAGUGUCAAAGUUUUUUAAUCAAUUCCCCUCUAUGAAAGUGACCAAUGAAUUUAUUGAUGGUAAGAUCCUCCAAUUGCCUUGGCCAGUUAUUGGUGCUUUAAAAGCAUAAGAUUUAUAAGAUCAUUUGCUAAAGAUAUUUAAUUUUAAUUAUGGAAGAGUUGGAUUGCAUGAAUUUCCCUUACUGUGGUUUCCUAAAUUAUUAAAAUCUUACACUUUUCUCCUAGAUAAUUUGUUCAACACUAAAACUAAACUAUUGCAAGAUGAAAAAUAUUAUUUGGCCAUAAUGGGGGCAGCUGCAUCUGGAUGCGAAUAAUUAUACCUAUUACUCUCACAGAUAUUCUAUCUAAACGAGGGAGAUAGGAAUUGGAUAGAAGUAGGCUAUGACUGUGUUGAUGCUCAUAUUUAAUAAUUAGAUCCUAUCUGUAAACUCUUGAUAACUAAACCAUGGGAUCCUCAACUCUCCAAAGAAUUGCAUAAACUACUCAAAGGCAAGUGGAGAAGAAAAGAACUAGUGUAAGCCUUGAUGAUAUUCAUAUUCUACAACAAUUUGGGAAGUUUUUCUUUGGGGAAUGGUAUCGUUAAAGAGAUGGAUGUCACUGUUGGUAACAACUCUGUGAAUAACAGUGUCCAAUAUGCUUAACAUGAAUCCUUGAUUGAUUUUAUCCAAAACGAAUCCAUACUCUAAGAACUUAAGCAAUCUGCACUUCUUGAGGAAGAACUUCCACCUGAAGAAGCUCAUGUGCAAAUUCAAAUUAGAUAAAAAACCUCUCAAUCAUACAGUUUUUAUGUUGAGGAAACAGAUUAACAACUUAAAUUACAUUUUGAUGAAAAGUUCUCUAAGCAUUUUUCACACUCUGAAUUAACUUAUUGCGAAAGCAAAAGUGUUUUGAGAUCUUCAGAAUAUUCGUUUUAAUUGAAUAGCUAUCCUGUUUUAAAAGAAGCCUUUUUAGAAGGAGCAGAUGCUAUCAGUAAUUUAUUAUAAGAAGUCAAGCAUAUGACAAGAAAUUCAUUUGGAAAUGAGGAAGUGGCUACCACUGCCUUUAGAAAAGCAAUACGUUAUUAUGGGGAAGGACAAUUCAGAUAUUAGCAUGAAGAUAUUGAUUAUUGGGCAUAGAUGGAGAAGCUACUUCCACAAUAAUUGAAAUAAUUCAUUAAAAUACUUAUUUGGACUCCAAAUGUGAUAUCAAAAUCCCAUAUUGAGUAAAUUUAACUCUAACUAUCAGCCGAUGAAUUGUGUCAUAUCAUACUUCUAACCGUUGCAGCAAAAAUUGAAACUUAAUUAAUUUAUUUAUCUAAAUCCUUAGUUGAGUUUAUGUGAAGUAUUAUUACAUGUAAAUAUACAUAUAUUUCAAUAUUUUAUUGCUGAA